GCGAGCCGGCCAAAGGGGAAGGGCAGUCCCACCUGCUUCAGAGUCCCCCGGUUUGUCACGGUACUUGCUGCCUCUGGAUUCCCCGGAAGCUUCGGCUCUGCAUCUUUGUUCCGGCUAUUAGGAGUAGCAUUUGUGGUCCUAAAAAUGGAAGCGCCGGGGAGGCAGGUGGUGAUUGCGGAAGAGACGGAGGCCUGGAUGGAACGAGCCGUAAACAUGGCUAAGAAAGCACUGGAAAACGGUGAAGUGCCUGUUGGCUGUCUCAUGGUCUACAAUAGAGAGGUCAUAGGGAAAGGGAAGAAUGAAGUGAACAAAACUAAAAAUGCUACUCGCCAUGCAGAAAUGGUUGCAAUUGAUCAGGUGAUAGACUGGUGUCAUCAACACAAGAAGGACCCUGAAGAAGUAUUUGGGCACUCCGUGUUAUAUGUCACUGUAGAGCCUUGCAUAAUGUGUGCAGCUGCCCUGCGCAUAAUGAAAAUCCCACUUGUUGUAUAUGGCUGCCAAAAUGAACGGUUUGGAGGUUGUGGCUCUGUUUUGGACAUCUCUUCACCCAUCUUAACAGACACAGGAGAACCAUUUCAGUGCAUGGCUGGUUAUCGAUCGGAAGAAGCUGUGGAAAUGUUGAAAACAUUCUACAGACAAGAAAACCCAAAUGCACCAAAAUCAAAAGUUCGAAAAAAGGAAUGUGUUAAAUGAAAAGCAAAACUGACCCCUGGAAGAGUAACAAACUACCCAAAGACUUAUGUGAUUAUUUCCUUCCCUUGGCUAGUUACCACUGAGAUGCAGAGAAAGUCAUAUCUGUUCCUUUGCAAGAUGUCCAAAUAUUUUAUUUAAAAUUUUAAAUGAUAUCAAAUUAUCAAAAAAGAAAACGUAAAAAUAUUUAUAAAAGAAUAGUUAAAAAUAGUUUAAAAAAACAGAAAGGGGAAGAGUACCUUUCCCCAUAUAAUAGUUCAGCAUGGUCUGUUCUGGCCCAUGCCAGUUUUGAACUGUAUUGAGGAUGACUUUCAUGGCAUGGUUUGAAAGAUGUAACUUGCCCUGAGGCAGAGCUCGGAGACAGUCAUGUUUGGAUCAGUAGUAUACUCAAUAGUCUGCAUACUUUAACUUGUGGCAGGCCACUGGGAAUCCUUGGCCACCUCCUUCUCAGUAGCAUGCAAAAAUUCACUGUGCCCUGGGGUCUUUGUACUCACCAGCCUGAACUUCAGGAAUGCAUCUACAUGCAAUACUCCCACUGGGAGUGGCUGCCCCUGGUGCUGUCACAAGAACAUGCUGUUAGGUCUAGCUGAGCAUAUUUUUACCAUACCCACUUUCUGAAGGGUAGGUGUUGCUGACAUGAUGGUCAUAUUCAGGGGACAGAAUAAUCUUGCCCACCAGAAAAGUGAUCUAUAACAUUAAUGCCUGGCAUCUCUAGUAUUUUUACUGCAUGAAAAGUGGUACAUCUACAGGAGGUUUAGGACACUUCUGCACAGUGCUUUAACUCUAACCAGAACUACAAAAUUGUACAGUUAUAUAGUGGUUUGGAUCCAGUGGAGAAUUUCUGCAAAUGGAAUGCGGGGUAAUUUUUGUCAGCUUUUCCUUCCUACUACAGAUCAACAAUUCCUCUCUCAUCUGUUCCUGGGACUCCUUCCUCCAAAAGGAGCUGUGUUUCAGGGAUCAUUUUGGUUGCUUGAAGGAGAGGGAGGCAAGGAAGUUCUGAUCUGUUGUCAAAAAUCUCUUUUAUCAGUAGAGCUUUUCUGUAGCAUCCAAGUUGGCGUCUGUUGAAAUAUUCAUCUUGUGCAAGCAAAGUUCAGUGUCCCAAACACAUUUGUAACUUGUACUUGUGAUGUUAUAUUGUAAUGCAGCUAAUUAUUUUUGCCCUUUCUUUAAUGUGGUCAAUUGGCAAAAAGGCAGUUUUUACUCACUUCCACGAUAUUUAUCCCUUACCAAAUUUUAAACAACUGAUCGCCGUAACAAGGAAAAUAAGGAAAAUGGAGGUCCAAGUGGGCUUUUCAUUAUGUUCCUUGAAUGUAGUAUGAUUAUAGUCCAUGAGAGGGCCUUGCUGUUCCAGUAAUAAGCAACCUGGAGAAUUCGGAACUCUUAUUCUUCAAGAAUGUGCACAUCAAGCAAAAACAAAACAAAACCCCAACCUAGAAAAACAAA